CUCUCCUCCAUCCUCUUCCCUUCAUCAUCCUCGACAUCUGAGAAACUAUGCCUGAGAGUUACCUCGUCAUCGGCGGCAGUGGAUUUUUGGGCUCCCAUAUUGUCAACGGUCUGCUCAACCGGGGAGAGUCCAGUGUCGCUGUAUUCGACAUCGUGCAGCGAGUGUUCGACGACAGAAUCGUCUUUUUCAGCGGCGAUAUCUGCAAUGAAAAGCAGUUGGUAGAUGCUAUUCAAAAGUGUCAAGCAUCCGUGAUUAUCCACACCGCUUCCCCCGCACCCGAAGCACCCAAGGAAGUGCACCAACGUGUCAAUGUCGAGGGGACCCGUACGGUAAUUGCUGCUGCCGUAUCCUGCGCUGUCCCCAAGCUGGUUUAUACGUCGUCCGCUGGUGUGGUGUUCAACAGGAACAACAUUGUAGACGCAGACGAACGCAUGCCCUUCCCACAGUCUGAGGAGUCGUAUAACACGACAAAACAGAUGGCAGAGGAUAUUGUGAUUGCAGCGAAUGGCAAGGAUGGACUGGCCACUUGUGCCCUGCGGCCGGCCGGUAUCUUUGGACCCCGCGACCGUCUCAUGAUGCCCUCUGCGGCACAGGCCGUUACCCGUGGUCAAUGGACGAUCCAGAUCGGGAAGAACGAUAAUAUCUUUGACUGGACCUACGUGGACAACGUCGUCCUUGCCCAUCUUCUAGCCUGCGACAAGCUUUCCCUCGCCACGCCUCCCCUCGCCAACGACGAGCUAGGUAACGCCCUUCCCCAGGUCACCCUUACCACGGGCUUCCGUCGCAUCCCCACGUCCGCAGCUAAGCCUAUCGGUCCUAGUCCGCAUCCGGAUAAGGAGGAGCUCGCUGCGCAAGAGGAGUUCAAUGAUCCCUCCACGCAACAAGUGCGUCCUGUUCUGCGCACCAAGUUCGACGCGCUGUCUCCAACCGCGCUCGGCAUCGACUACGACGAGGAUAAAUCACCCCUCAAGGUCGCGGGCAACACAUUCUUCAUAACUGGAGGCGAGCCGCUGUACCAGUGGGACUUCUUCCGUGCCAUCUGGACCGCUCUUGGUGCCGAUAUCGACAUGAAGAAGAUGUGGCAUAUUCCCAGGAGCCUGGGUCAAUGGCUUGCGCUUGGGGCAGAGUCGUGGGGCUGGAUCACGGGCAAGGGCACCAACUUCACCCCCUUCAGGGUGCACUAUCUGACCGCCGAGAGGUGGCACAACAUUGAGAAGGCACGCCGGGUGCUCGGGUAUGAGCCGAUCGUUGGUGUCGAGGAGGGUAUCAAACGCACUGUGGCUUGGUGGUUGGCUGACCAGGCCGAGAAGACUUCCGAAAAGUAGAUACCCUACAUGCGCAAAAUGCCUGUCCUGAUCUUUUUUGCACGAGGAUAAGUGCCCCGUUCCUUCUUGGUAGACUAGUUUAUCUUGGAUUAUAUGCAUGAUCGGUCUUACUACAUCCCCUGAUUUUCCUCCCUCCCCACCAAAGCGAGUCCGAUAGGCUUCCCCUCCCAAUCGUACCCCUCGACAUCCUUCCCCUCCUUCAUAGCCCAUGCUUCUAUCUCCUUCAUCCUCCUGUGCGUAAUAGCAGUCCCUUCUUCUAGAGCUAGUCUCUCUUGUUCGUCCUCCCGAAGCGCAGCCAUCAGCCCCUCCUUCCGAGUCACAUACUCUUCCGCACUAGGCAGCUGCAUCCCCGUUGGGCCGAUUUCACCCUCUUCACCAUUACGCCCUUCACGGUGGGCAGCAACGACGGCAUCCAGCUCGUCUACUUGAGUAUUGAGCCGGCGCAGAGCGAUUUGGUAGUUUUCGCGUCUCGUCUUUGCGGUCGGUCGACCCUGGGCCAUGAUCGUUGAUGGAGGAGCACGGGCGAUGGUGGCGUACGGGAGGGUGGGCAUGACGCUAGAAGAGGGGGUGAGGUGGAUUUGGG